GAUCUUAUAGCCUAUAGGAUCUUUGCCUGUGCUGGCGCCAGAGUUGAGUUAGCUCGCAGCGGCGAGUCAUGGCUGCUCAAGCUCGCCCAUGUAUCACCGUUGAGGGUUACAUCGAACCACGAAAAGACAAAGAGUCGGAGGAAGAUUCGGACAGCGAGGAGAACCAGGAACCCGAGGAAGAUUUGCAGUUCCUCGACCUCAACGACAUGAUAAAUGUUUCCCUCGGUGCCAACUCUGUCAACGCCUCUUCUGUGGUCGGGCGGUUCGUUAAAAUCAAAGACUUUGGAUCUGGUGAAACCUACGAGGUGUUUGGACGGUUUCAUUUGACUUCUCCCUGGUGGAAAGUGACUGCAAAAAUCCGUUGUCAUCAGAAAAAAUGGUAUUUACAGGGGUAUCCUUCUUAUGCUCUCACGGACCAAAAUGGAAAGAGCAUCAUCAGCCUUUUCUUAACAAAAUGCUGCGUCCACUCAGAUUGCAUAACAGAAUUUUUUGAUUAUUUCCCUCGCUUCGACAAUCUUCAAUUUUCAAAAUUAUUCAGCAUUUUAGAACAAAUUGCAGAUGAGGAGAAGGAUGAAAACAAAAAUGGUUUUGCAAACUCCAUUACUACCUACAUAUCUAGUUCAGUUGAAGGUCAGAAUGUGCAGAAGGCUGUGAAGUUCCAAAGUUUGAUGAAGUAUCUGCCACAACUUCUGCCACGGCACUUUUUGCGUAUUUUGAAGAUGGACGACAAUACACUCUGGAGCCUGGAUCAGAUGAUUUGUACGGAAAUGUGGAAGCUUGGAUUCAGUUCUAUUCUCACGAAGGAAGUUCGACUUGUUGGUUGUGAGGCAACCUUGUUGGCUUUUGAAGAAGCUAGUCUUCUGACGACAAUUCCAGAGUUACAAAGACACUCUCUUGUUAUAUAUGAUAAACUCAAACAAACCUGCUGGGAUAAGGGACACACCUACGUGAAUGUUGAUGAUCUGACUGGAUUACGGCCAUCUGAGGUCAGCAUUGGAAGUGAAUGGGAAUCACUGAAUUUUUUGAAGGAAUCAAAGAUUAUUGUGAUUGAAAAGAAGCGGGUGUAUCUUGAGCAUUUCUACAACUAUGAGAAAGAAAUUGCUACCUGUAUAAAGGAACUUGUGGAUAAACCCCCAUGGCAAAUUUCUGUGCCUGUGGAGGAUGUUCUGAGAGAUGCUUUCUUCCCAAACCAGAGCGACUACUUAUGGAAGGAUAAUGAGGUGGAUGAUACAGAACACAGUAAAACUGUUAAUUUGGAUCAAGAGCAGAUCAAAGCUGCCACCAUGAUGUGUGAAAAUCCUGUUACAAUUAUAAGUGGUAAAGGUGGUUGCGGAAAGACCACAAUUGUCAGUCUCGUCUUCAAGGCAGCAGUUGAAAAAAUGAAACAUGCUGAGAAAGAAGAACUUUUGCAAGCGUGUGAAGAUCUUGAGCAGGAUCAGUCUGCUCCUGAAAGCUGGGACAUACCAACAACUCAGACUAAACGUACUGAUGGUGUUGAGAAAAAUGCAGUCAGCAAAGCAGUUGUGCUGUUCACUGCACCAACUGGAAAGGCAGCAUCUCUUUUAAAGAAAAAAACUGGAUUUAAUGCUUAUACGUUACACCAGGUAAUGCGGAGUUUCAGCUCUGCCAAAUAUUCCAAGGAAAAACCAGAAGUGUUCGAUUGGAUGUUUUCUGAAGUUCAGAUUUUGAUUGUUGAUGAGGGAAGUUUGGUCUCGGUGAAGACUUUAAGUACUGUUUUAAAAUCGCUUAUGAAAUAUGCCAAUCUCAAAAAACUUAUAAUCCUUGGUGAUAUUAGACAGUUGCCCAGUAUAGAGCCGGGCAACAUGUUUAAGGAUGUAUACGCUAGUUUAUACCACAUUGGAUGGGCCAUUGAGCUAUCGACAAAUCACCGUGCAGAGAGCCGACUAAUAGUAGAUAAUGCUUCCAGGAUUGCUGAGAUAGGACUUAAGUCAACUUAUAAAAUGUUGGAAUAUGAUGCAGUGUUGCCUAUAUCGAGAGAGAUAGGAAUCUCAAUUCCAGCAUCUGAUAAAAAAUUCAUUCUGGUUUCGCUCGAUUCUAGCCCCUCUGUUCUUCAAGAGUCUAUCAAUGUUUUGUUAGGAGGUGCCCCAGGACUUGAGAAUCAUGUGACAUCGCAGUUCAUUGCAUUUAGACGGGAUGAUUGUGCAUUAAUUAAUGAACUCUGCUGCAAGAAAUAUUCAGAUCAUUCUACUCGAGAUCAUAAAAAAAGGCUUGAUUUCCGGGUUGGUGACAAAGUGUGCUGCACUAGGAAUGCUUAUGUCGUGGAUUUUCCUAAAAUCUCAAAACCGGAUUCUGAGACCGAUUCAAAGGGGAUGGAAAAAAAUCGCUUAUGUAAUGGAGAAAUCUUUUUUAUCACAGAGGAUAAAGUUAUACAAACCAAUACAUCUACUAUACGUUACUUGUUACUGGAUGACAAGGAAAAUAAGCAGAUUUUGGUGAAUUUUAAAGAAGUAAGAAAGAAAUGCAAGUUGGCACAUGCAUGGGCCAGAACAAUACACACCUUUCAGGGCUCUGAAGCCGACACGGUUGUGUAUGUUGUGGGAUCGGCUGGAAGACAGAACUGGCAGCACAUCUAUACCGCAGUCACACGAGGGCGCAAACGUGUAUAUGUUGUUACAUCCGAGGUUCAAUUUAUUACAGCAGUGACAGCCAGAGGCCCCCAGAGAAAUACACGCCUGCGUGAAUGGCUGCAGGAGAAACUAGUAAAACCAGGAGCUGCAUCAUGCUCUGAAGGAUCACAGUUCCAGCAACAGGCAAGUUGCAUGCUCUCUGCAGUGGCAGCACCCAGCUCAACCCUGUUUGAUUCAUCUGCUUCUUCGACCCAGGUAUUACCAAACUUGUCAUCCUGUAUAGCAGGAGAAGUAAAUAAGAGCACGAACACACAAUCUCAGAAAGAAGACUCCUAUUCUGAAGAUUUGCAAUUUGCACAGAAUUAUAGCUGGUCUCCUUAUAGUGUGGAGCUGGACAACAGAGAAUGCAAUGGAGCCUGCGUAAGGCCAGAUGAAGCAGUCAACUCCUUGCCUCGUAUUGAUGAUACAUCAACAAGAGAGAGUUUGGUGAUGACUACUGAGGAAACUAAAAGAAUUGAAGCAAACUGGUCUCCUGGAUGUAAGAGAAGUGAUAAUACUUCAGCUGGUGAGGGAUCGACUGCAAAGUAUUCAAAGAUAUUAAUGGAAUCACCCCUGGGCUGUACAAAGUUUAGGAUGAUGGUACUUGAUAACUCAUCACCACCAGUAAAUGCGAGUAAAAGGUUGUUUACGGAAGAGAACAAAUAAGGCUGUAGAUUUUACUAAAAAAUGACAAGUUGGCAAAUAGACUGCUAUUGUGGAAUUGCAGAUAUGACUGGAUGAAACAGAAAGUCAUGUUUGUUUUAAAACCAUUUAAAACUUUUAAUGCAUGUACCAGUCAAUGUAAUAACGGGUUACAGAGAUAUGCCAGAUAAGUAUUCUCAUGUUAAUUUGUGGCAACCAGUUUUUUAAAUUAAAAAAAUAUUUUGUGGAAUGUAAGUAGUCUUUAAAUUUUACAUGAAUGGCAGUAAAUAGUUUUCUGUGAUAUAUAAAUUCAAUUGUACAACAUUCAAUUGUACAACAA